CAACAUCAUCGAUCCCACUUCGGGUUUCACUUUCGUCUUUGAUAUUUUCGAACUUUCCCUUCCACCGCUUAUACAACACCGCGUGACUCGUAAUUUCUGUCUAGCAAGAUUGGCAUUAUCAAAAACAAUCCAGAACGAAAUCAGGUGCAGACACGUCCUUGUCGCAAACCCCGACCUCCCAACGGAUUAUAACGGAAGAUUUGGGCCGUGAUCGCCACUCACCGACACAACUCAAGAGACGUCCUCGGCAGAUACGGACAUACGGACUCUCCCUUGAAGGAAAAAACGCCCUUUCGUUGUUAUAAACCAAGCAGCAUUCUCCUCGAUCACCAGAAAAUUCGAAAGACUCACCACAACCUCCCAGCCCUCAUUUACCGAAAUCCAUAUCAGCACUCGGUCCCCGACCUUUCCAACCAAAAACCACCCACCCACCAUGGCCCGCCCCCUCGACCCCCUCGGUUUCGAAGACGAAAUGUGUCCCGUCUGCAAAUCGCGCAAGUACCUCAACCCCGACAUCGUCUUCGUCUUCAACCCCGAAUGCUACCACUCCAUGUGCCUAAACUGCGCCAACCGGCUCUUCAACGACGGACCCAACCAAUGUCCGCACGCAGGCUGCAACAAGACUCUCCGGCGCAAGGGCUUCCGCUCGGCCUUCUUCGGCGACCUGGCCGUCGAGCGCGAGGUCGAUAUCCGCCGUCGCGUGGCGGCCGUGUUCAACCAAGUGGAAGAAGACUUUGAGACGCUGCAGGACUAUAAUAAUUACCUGCAGAUGGUGGAGGAUUUGACGUUUGAGUUGGUUAAUGGGACUGAUGAACGACGGAGACAGGCGGAGGCACAACUGCAGGCGUGGGAGGCGGAGCAUAGACAGGAUAUCGAACGGAAUAAGAAGGCGGGGAGGGAGGCGGAUGAGAUGUCAAGAAAGAGGCUGGCGGCGGAGAGAGAUGCGGCGCGCCAGCGCCGCAUUGAGGCUAUCAAGGAGGCGGAGGAGGAGAAGAGGGAGAGGGUGAGGAGUCGCGAGAUGGAACUGGAUAACUUGGCCAAGGGCAUUACGACGACGACGGAGCCGGCUACGAAGGUGCAGUUGAAGAGGCGCGGGCAGGUGAAUCGUGUUGCUGAAGCAGCUCCUAACCCGGCCGCCUCCGCAAUGGCAACGGGCGCUUCAGAAGUCGAGCGCUUGUCCAUCCGCGGCUUGAAGGAGAAGCCGAAGGCGCCGGCACCGCAGGGCCCCUACGAUCCCUUUGGGGGCAUGGACUUUGCGCCUAGUCGGUAUAAGCUGCAUGGGGGUUUGACUCACCCGCUCAUAGAGAAGUACCGGCUCGACAGACAGCAUGUUGCUGGUGGGUACAGCUUUGACGACUUUGCGGCGCGCGCUUUGUAUGAAGCGUUUGCUGGGCUGGGUGUGUUUGUUGAGGAUGAGAAGGAGGCUGGCAGUGCCAGUGGUAUCGGUUUGUCACAAGAGACGACCAUGGCCGCUGGGAUUGCUGCCGUGGAUGACGCGGACAGGAUGGAUUUGGACUGAGCGGAGCGGUUCUAGAGCGGUAUGCCCUAAGGCCUUUCUUGGUGGUGGU